CACUAACAUAGCAAAACUCAAUUAAAGCUCACUAACAAUAAUAUAAUCACUUCCCUAAUCCAGUUAACAAACACACUUUGCUCAACUAACAACGUGAUUAGGCCGAACCUUCCCACCUCCAUACGACUCCCUCCCCACUUGCCCUGCCCAUCCUCAAAUAGUCUCAUCUUCAAGUUAUACCAAAAACUAAUUACCACUAAUGAUGAAUUAUUGUUUUUACUGUUUACCAUGAUGAAUCAACCCAGAUUCUCGAUUCUCGAAGUAAUAUAUUUGGGGGUAUGUUACUGAUUUUGCGGAGUGGUAAGAAAAACACCACUCUCAUUUGUCGUGUUCUUGGUGGGGAUAAGAAGUAAUCUUCCUAUCUCUCAGCCGGAUUCGCUUUAAUUUGUUUCUUUGUCUUCCUUUUUUCGUUUAAAUCUUUUGACGAAAUAGAGAAUUUGUUUCUCAAGGUUAAUUAAAGGAAAAAGUCCCAGCCUUUACUUCUUCUCGGGAGAAGAGAAGAGAAGAGAAUCCUUUUCAGUGGAUAAAGCUGGGGAAGAUUGGGGUUGAAGAAAACUGCAAAUUCGGUUAGUUUUCGAUAAAAUAAAAAUCCCCAAAUAACUGAAAAGGAAAAGGGGAGGGAGUUCCAGUCUUCCAGAACAGAAGAUCGUCCAGGAUCCAAUUGCAGCCGGAAAGUAAGAAUAGAUUCUUCGCCCUUUGCCUUUACUUUGCUCUGUUAAUCAUUUUUCCCCACUUUUCAAUCUCAACCCACUCAUCAAUGGUAGUUAUAAAACGGAUUCCUGGGAUGGGUCUUUGAUCGGAAUGAACAGGGAGUGACGGCGGCGGAGGAAUGGCGACGCCGGUGGAGCCGCCGAACGGGGUUUGGGCGCCGGGGAAGCAUUACUACCGAAUCUGGCAGACGGUGUUUGAAGUGGACACGAAGUAUAUUCCGAUCAAGCCGAUCGGGAAAGGGGCGUACGGCGUCGUUUGCUCGUCGGUGAACCGGGAGACGAACGAGAGGGUGGCGAUCAAGAAGAUCUGUGACGUGUUUGGGAACAGAGUUGAUGCGCUGCGGACUCUGAGGGAGUUGCAGCUUUUGCGUCACGUUAGGCAUGAGAAUGUGAUUGCGUUGAAGGACGUCAUGAUGCCGGCGGCGCCGCCGGGCUUCGGCGGCGGCGGGUUUAAGGAUGUGUAUUUGGUUUAUGAAUUAAUGGACACUGAUUUGCAUCAUAUCAUCAAGUCCUCCCAGCCACUCUCCAAUGAUCAUUCCAAGUAUUUCCUCUUCCAGCUACUACGAGGGCUGAAAUAUCUCCACUCAGCAAACAUUCUCCACCGGGACUUGAAGCCUGGAAAUCUACUUGUGAAUGCAAAUUGUGAACUGAAGAUUUGUGAUUUCGGGCUGGCUAGAACUACCCGAGACAACGGACAGUUCAUGACUGAAUAUGUCGUGACACGUUGGUAUCGAGCCCCAGAAUUGCUACUUUCGUGUGAUAAUUAUGGAACCUCCAUUGAUGUGUGGUCAGUCGGGUGUAUAUUCGCGGAGAUUCUUGGCAGAAAACCGAUAUUUCAAGGUUCAGAGUGCCUCAGUCAGCUCAAACUCAUCAUCAGUGUUCUUGGUAGUCAACCCGAAUCUGAUCUUCAGUUUAUCGAUAACCCGAAGGCGAAGAAGUUCAUUCGGUCACUCCCGUUUUCCCGAGGGAUCAAUUUCUCUUCUUUGUUUCCCCAGGCUGAUCCUUUGGCAUUGGAUUUGUUACAUCAAAUGCUUGUUUUUGAUCCAUCCAAGAGAAUCACGGUUUUAGAAGCUCUUCAUCAUCCUUACUUGUCGGACCUUUUCGAUCCCGCUCAUAACCCGCCUGCCCAAUUCCCUCUCGAUCUCGAUAUUGAUGAGAACAUGGGAGAACCGGUUAUUAGGGAGCUGAUGUUGAGAGAAAUCUUCUAUUACCACCCUCCUGAAACUUCUUAUGUGAACUCAUUUUACUAAGUCUUUUAUCCCAGAAGAGGGAAAUAAGUGAUAAAGAGCAAAAGAAGGGUCGUUUUGAAACUGUUGAAUUUUUAUUUAUGCCUGGGCUAUUAUCCAUUGUCAUAUCUAUGUGAGAACACUUCAUGUUGGAGUCUGUAAUCAUAUUUUUAGCAUCGCAUGAUUCUUGUAGUUCUUGUUUUUGCAAAUUGUAAUGUACUCAUGAGAUGUAACAUCCAAUUUCCUACAAUUAAUGAAGUGCAUUUGUGGCCAUAUGUAUUCAUGUUUUAUAUUUAAGGUAGUAUGGUUUUGAAUA